AUGGAAUGUGAGCAGCAAGACAACAGUCUUACAGGACAUCAGAAGGUUAUCAAAGAAGAGAAACCUUUCCCUUAUGAAGAAUAUGGCAAAGUCUUCUCUUCAGAUGUGACACUUCUUAUACAUCACACAGAGGAGAAACCAGUUUCCUCUAAUGAAUGGGAGAAACCCUUCAUGUGCACUGAAUGUGGAAGAGGCUUCUACACCAAACAACAACUAAAAAGUCACCGCAUGAUUCACACAGGGGAGAAACCAUUCACAUGCACAGAAUGCAGCAAAGGCUUUUAUACAAAACGUGAUCUUAAAAUUCACCAGACAGUUCACACAGGGGAGAAACCCUUCACAUGCACAGAAUGCAGCAAAAGAUUUUCCACAAAACAGAACCUCAAACUUCACCAAACAGUUCACACAGGUGAGAAACCCUUCAUGUGUACUAAAUGUGAAAGAGGCUUCUCUACAAAGCAACAACUCAAAAGUCAUCACAUGACUCACACGGGAGAGAAACCCUUCACAUGCACAGAAUGCAGCAAAUGCUUUUAUACAAAACGUGAUCUCAAAAUUCACCAGACAGUUCACACAGGGGAGAAACACUUCACAUGCACAGAAUGCGGCAAAGGUUUUUCUACAAAACAGAACCUCAAACUUCACCAUGCAGUUCACACAGGGGAGAAACCCUUUAUGUGUACUAAAUGUGGAAAAGGCUUUUGUUCAAAGCAGAAGCUCAAUCUUCACCACAUGACUCACACAGGGGAGAAACCCUUCACAUGCACAGAAUGCACCAAAAGAUUUUCUUCAAAACAUCAGCUCAACGUUCACCAUACACAAAACCUCAAAAUGCACCAGAUGACUCAUACAGGGGAGAAACCCUUCACAUGCACAGAAUGUGGCGAAUGCUUUUCUAGAAAGCAGAAGCUCCAUAUUCACCUAGCAGUUCAUACAGGGGAGAACCCCUUUAUGUGUACAACAUGUGGAAAAGGACUUUCUUCGAAGCAAAACCUCAAAAUGCACCAGAUGACUCACACAGGGGAGAAACCCUUCACAUGCACAGAGUGUGGCGCAUGCUUUUCUAGAAAGCAGAAGCUCAAAAUUCACCUGGCAGUUCAUACAGGGGAGAAGCCUUAA